CGACGACGCUGGAUUUAAGGCUCUUACCGGGGAAUAUUCGUUCUCUGUUUUCUUUCUCUCAAACCGUUUGAGAUAAAAGAAAGAAACAUAGAGAAAGGGAGGGGGCGAGGAAGGGGAAGAAGUGUCCCAAAAGGCAAUUAAUUCUUCUUUCCGUCCUAACCAUUUGUGUUUCUUUCUCUUUCUCUCUCUCUCUUUCUUUUCUCUCUGUUUUUUCCUGAAGGGAAAAAGGAAAAACGAAAAAGGUAAUAAAGAGCAGAGAAGAGGAGAGAAAGGGAAGGGAAUUUGGAACCCAAAAGGGAGAAAUGGACGGGAGAGAAGAGAUGAAGGGAUCCAAACCCAGGUUUCCUUUGAGCUUUUGGGAGGUGACGGUGGCUUCCACGGUGGUGAUGGCGUUUGUUUUGGGGCUUGUUGGCGUUUAUUUAACCAUGCCCGCAUCUGAUUAUAGCUUCCUCAAAUUACCCAGGAGCCUUGAAGAUCUUCAAAUCCUUAGAGAUCACCUUGAAACCUACACAAGUGACUACACCCUACAAGUCCUGGUGGGGUAUUGUGUAGUCUACAUUUUCAUGCAAACUUUCAUGAUUCCGGGAACUGUUUUCAUGUCAUUGCUUGCUGGAGCCCUGUUUGGAGUCUUCAAAGGCGUAGCUCUUGUUGUGUUCACUGCCACUGCUGGCGCUUCUUCUUGCUAUUUCCUGUCAAAAUUGAUUGGGCGGCCCCUUGUCUUUUCCCUCUGGCCUGACAAGCUGAGCUUCUUCCAAGCCCAGGUAGCUCAAAGAAGGGAGCGACUGUUGAACUACAUGCUUUUCCUAAGGCUUACUCCAACUUUGCCAAAUACAUUUAUUAAUGUUGCUUCACCUAUUGUCGAUGUGCCAUACCAUGUUUUCUUCAUGGCAACUAUUAUUGGACUCAUUCCUGCUGCUUACAUAACUGUCAGGGCUGGAAUAGCUCUUGGAGAGUUACAAUCUGUAGGGGAUCUUUAUGACUUCAACUCAAUUGCCACUCUUUUCCUCAUAGGGGUUGUCUCUGUCACACCUACGCUUAUGAGCAAAACCAAAUCAUAGCAUUUUAAUGGCUGAGCUUGCUUUGUACAUUGGGCUUCAAUCUUCUCGUAGCCAUUUGGGUUGCCACAACUUCUGUGCAGACUAGCAUAAAAUAAAUGCAAUGUGCUGCUGCUGUUUCUCUGGUUAGCGGAAUUCGUACUGGUUCUGCUGAUAUUGAAGAUGGUGAUCUGGCAAAGGUGUUAGUCAUCAAAUUCUUUUUCAUUGCAUUGUAUUUCUUUAACCAGUCUCAGGUUGGGCCUGUAUAGGGAGAGGAACAUGAGAAAAGUUGGGGGAAAGGCUGUUAUUUGUUUCAAUUUCAAUUUUAUUGGAAAGAAUAGUCUUCAGAGAAUCUGUAUAUCCUUUCUAGUGGUUCAUAUCAAAGAACAUGGUCUUUCUCGGUGUUUGUUGUGGAUU